GUUACUUAAAGGAGACCGAAGACUUCUAAAUUGGUGCGUUCGCACAAUACGCACAUUGAUAAAAUCUCCAUCCAAAUCGGAGCUGAAACUGCAAGGAUUACCAGUACAACCGACCCGCAAAGAUGGCCAACCCGAGUCGAUGAGAUUCCAACGUCGAAUCCAAUCCACAAUGGCGGCGUUCAUAGAAAACGGAAUGGACGACGAAGUGGCACCUCUUGUCGUCUCUCGUUUGGAAUGGUGCAACCAAAUCAACCGCUACCUGGACAUGUUGAAGAAUACGCCAGAGUCAAUCGAGAGUGUGGCGAAUGGCAUCGAGGUCCUGAUGAAUUACCACCAACUUCAUCGAUCGGAAGCGGAACAAGACCUCGUCGAUGCCAUUUUCAGCAGAGCUUUGAAAAACGGAAGCAUUUCUCAUCUUUACGCCAAACUGUUGAAGCGACUUAGGAGCGGCGACCAGCAGAAAGGCUGGACACAAAACAUCGUCCGUCUCUUGUUCCAACUCGCCGUCGAGGAAUUCAACCGGCCGCUUGACAGUGACGACGAAAAUGGCAAGUUGAGACUCGAAAAAUUCAACAACGUCAAACUGAUGGCCGCCAUUUUCAAGAGAGAAAUGCCCGGAGUGCCGGACGGUUGGAUCACAGACUGUGCCGAGACUCUGGUCCACCGUCUCGAGACCGGAGUCACUGAAGAAUCGGUUAAGCAACUCUGCCUCUUCCUGACGACGCUGCUCAUCGCUGAACCCGGAGAAAAUUGUGAUUCGAUUACUCCGACCCGACAGAGACAAUUGCUGACCUGCUUCGAGGCUCUGGAACGAGCGGCAACUCCACCCAAAGUCCCUCAACAACCGGACGUGAAAAUACAGAAAUCGGAUGCAACGACACAGACGUUGAAACCUGAGAGCGACGAGAGCGACACGGACACUUCUACGGACGAGUCGGACACGGAUUCAGAGACUAAUGGCCUGGAACCUGCUGAAAUCCGCACGAACUCGGCUUCUGCCUCUGACAACCGGAUGAAUUAGAAGAAACCGCCGUAAACUUAAACCGAGAAAAGUUCUGAUCGUACAAUUAAUUUCUUUUUGUCUUCAAUGUAAUACGUUUGAAGCUAUCGA